UUUGUUUCCUCCGCUAGAUUUUUCAAGGGUCUUUGCGCGCGUUUUGGUACCUCACCGAGUUUAAUAGCCAGGACGCGGAAUACGAGGGCUUAGGUUUUAGGGGAGGAGGCUGGUGGCUUGUUGCGAUCGUUGGUUGAAAGGGACGGGAGGCUUGGGAGAGUCUAUCUAUCAAUGCUCCGCUGUCGUUGGUUUUGGUCUAGUGAGUGAGUGACAGAAGCGGAGCUUGUGCACGCCGUAUGGCGUCUUGAGUUGCUGCGGUGAGCCGGCGAUGUGUGGGAGAGAGGUUGAAUUAGAAGAUCUAAAGCCGAAAGCCCUUUCAUCUUCCGGUGUUUCUCUUAGUGGAGGGUGGGAGCGGUAUUGAUUCGUCACGUCUAGGCUACGAAGCAUCACCGACGCUCUGUGUGUUCUGAUUAUCACAGAGUAGUUGUGCUUUUUGUUCAGAGUGUAUUCUUAGGUUUGGCUCUUCUGGUAGUGGUGAUUGUCUUGAGUGUAUCGCAGCUCGUGCGGCGAAUUCAAGGUUGCUGGCGAGGUCGUCUUUGAGUUUAGAUGAUGUCUUGUUCUGGUUAGGCCCUAACAUUGUAUUUAUCUUUUAUUUAGUUCUCCGGUUCAGCACGGUGAGUAGGCUGCCGUUGAUGCACCUCAGGCAGGCUUCAACAACUGUGCUAACGCCACUCUUUGGGAUAUCUCUGGAAUCAAGGACGAGUUUGGUUGAGACCGGGUGUACUCCGACAAUUGUAGCUUCCAAGGAAUUGGAUUCAAUCUAUGCACAUCUUGGAGCGACCAUAGCCUCCGGGAACUAAGGUUACCGGAAUAAACCACCAUGGACAGGGAUAAAUCAACCGUCGCUGUGCGGGAUUAUCCUCCUGGAUGCUGCCGUUUACCUUCACAAGGACAGUUGACAGCUACCCGUAGGAACAGGACAGAUUACUCUAGGGCCCAGGGUCGAGAAAAUGGAGCAAAAAUGCAGUUGAAUAGACCUAUAAUCGACGUGCCGAUGAAUUUUGAGGCCUCCUUGAAUGACGAAGCUCAACCCAAUGAUCUAGAUUCUGAGCUAUACCGACAGAGACGAAAAAGGUAUGCUGAUCUCUUGCAUUUCUACCAACAAUUGCAGGAGAAGGGAGAGUCAAAUGAGAGAAUUAGACCAGAUCUUGAAGCUACCAAAAAAAUGCAGGAGGAGAAAAUGAACUUUGACUGGAAAGGAGUUGGGCAUGUUCCAGGUAGUAUUGUGGGCGAUUUCUUCUUCUAUAGAACUGAGCUAUUUGUCCUGGGCUUACACCGAGCCAUGCAAGCAGGCAUUGCUUACACUGAGGUGGGGCAGGAAAAGAUUGGGUGCAGCAUAGUAGCCUCUGGCGGCUACGAAGACGAUGAAGAUCAUGGUGAGACAAUGAUUUACACUGGACACGGUGGAAACAAUAAAGCCGACAGACGGCAAGUGAAGGACCAGAAACCAGAGGGAGGAAACCUUGCCCUCCUGAAUAGUUUGAAGUAUAAGCAGCCUGUGCGCGUGAUACGUGGCCACUCUGACAUUCCAACCAGCCAAAGCCCUUCUAAGAAGAUAUAUUCUUAUGAUGGAUUGUAUCAGGUCGUAGAUCAAUCCUUAGAACUGGGAGCAUCCGGCUUCAAGGUGUUCAAGUUCAAACUUGAACGGCUCCCCAACCAGAGAGAGCUAGGGUCUAGGUUGGUUUCCUUCGUGGGCAAGUUGAACAAGGCACCGUCGAUACGCACUGGCGUGGUGAUAGAAGACCUGUCAGGAGGGCAGGAACCAAUCCCCGUUUCUGUUGUCAAUACCGUGGAUGAUACUAGACCCCCUUCUUCUUUCGAAUAUACCACGAAGCUGCGUUAUCCCAAAGGCGUGUCGUUGCGUUCCUCUACAGGUUGCUCUUGCAAGGGUGAUUCAUGUCACAGCGUAGGUCAUCGGUGCUCCUGUGUGCUUAAGAAUUCCGGCAAAAUGUUGCCCUACAAUCAAUAUGGACAUUUGAUUCGGGCUGUGCCAGCUGUGUACGAGUGCGGUAGUCGGUGCAAAUGCUCUCUAGAGUGCCAUAACAGGGUCUGUCAGAAAGGACUGCGGUACCGCCUCGAGAUUUUCAAAACUGAGAAAAAAGGCUGGGCGGUAAGGUCAUGGGACUUCAUUCCGUCCGGUGGGUUUGUUUGCGAAUAUACUGGCGUGAUCAUGGACACAAAGACUGCAGAUGAGCUUGAUGAUGAUGACUACCUCUUCAACCUGGAUUUUAAGCAAGGUAAUGAGGCACGCUGGGGAGUUCAACGAUCGGACGUCUUUGACAGUGACGACUCUGACAUGCCUCCACUUAAGCUGAGUUCUCCGAAGUAUGUUAUCGAUGCCAGCAAAUUUGGUGGCGUUGCACGGUUUGUCAACCACAGUUGUACGCCAAACCUUUUCGUGCAAUGUGUGCUUUAUGAUCACGGUGACCUUGAUCUCCCUCACGUGAUGCUCUUUGCAGGUAGUGACAUUAGUCCCUUUCAGGAAUUGACGUAUGACUAUGGCUAUGCCCUUAACUCUGUCUAUGAUUCACAUGGGAAUCUGAAGAAGAAGGAUUGUCACUGUGGUACCCGGAGUUGCAGAAAAAGGCUGUAUUAGGUUUGUUCAUUGUCAUUCCUGGAAAAAACAGUAACCUUGUGGAAGCGCCUGCCAGGAGAAAUCAUUUGUCAAAUUUUCCCAUAUGAUUCACCACCCAAUCCCCAUGAUUCAGCCAUUCUUUGUGUAAACUUGUUAUUAUGUUUUCAUCUCAUAUUGAUGGGAUCGGCGUUUAUUAUCUGUUGAAGUUUAUUUAAACCGUCAUUGUUUUGAAA